UGUUGGAGGAUCCCGUGCUCGUGGGGAAAAGUGGGACUCUUGGCACCCUUGGGAUCGCAGUCCUGUGGUUUUGCCAUGUGCUCAUGGAGGGUCCUGAGAAGCUUCUGGGCCUAAUAGAUAGUUGAGAGGCUCCUUGUGCCUCUGUACCCCCACCAGCCUGUGAGCCACAUAGUGUGCUGGUGGAUAUUAAGUGUCAGAGUUUCUAGCUCCUGUACGUCAGGCCACAUUCAUGCCAUGUGUGUCCUGCCAGAGGACAAUGCUCCUCGCCAACCUGUCAUCAGUGCUGAAGGAUGAGUCUGUCUGGGAGAAGCCCUUGCACUUCCACCCUGGACACUUCCUGGACGCUGAGGGCUGCUUUCUGAAACGUGAGGCCUUCAUGCCAUUCUCCGCAAGUGAUUAUCAUGCACCAGGCUUGGUGUCCCUUCCGGGGUGCCUUGGUGAGGAGGAGCUCAAGCCUCGGUGUAACUGUGCCCUGUGCACUCCCUCAGGUCCCUGCACAUGCCUCGGGGAGCCCCUGGCCCGCAUGGAGCUCUUCCUGUCCUUCACCUCCCUGCUGCAGCACUUCAGCUUCUCGGUGCCUGAAGGGCAGCCCCGGCCCAGUGAGCGUGGUGUACCUGCCUUCAUAGUGACUCCAUCCCCUUACCAGCUCUGUGCUGUGCUCCGCUAGAGGAUGCAUUGUGCCCCACUGGACCCUAGAUGGGAGACUGUAUGUACAAUAAACUGGUCUGUGACUGUCA